AUGACGGCCAGCCAGCAAAAUCCCAACUCGAAAACUGAACGAGCCAUCCAGCCCAAGGGAAAAUCGAAAGCACUCUCGGCUGCUGAUGAAGAAAUCGAGCAGGAGCGACAAACUCACCUGCGGACAAUCGAUCUACUAGACCGCGUCGCAAAUGGUGAAACAGCCGCCAGUCGACUCCUACCGGCUGACCUACUAGAAGACCCUCUCGAUGCACAUCUCUUGUACGUUCGUUGGACGUUGGAUACGUAUGGCUCGCAGGAACAAAAUCUCAAAGCACACUUGAUCGUCAUCCUCGAACAAUCAACCCGCCGGUUCGUCAAUGAAACACGAUAUCGAUCAGAUUUACGAUACCUCAAGCUAUGGGUUUUAUAUGCCAGGCAUUGUUCGAAACUCGGGGCAAACAAGAUAUACGAGUUUCUGAAUUCUAAAGAGAUUGGAACCGACUUUGGCAUGUUCUACGAGGAAUGGGCCAACUCGGUUGAACAGCAUCCAGCUCAUGCCAAGACAAUCGAAAAAAUCUUCGACCUAGGAAUUCAGCGUGGAGCAGAACCUCUCAACCGUCUCAAGAAAAAGAAGAUCUCCGCCUUGCAACGCGUCUCCCAAUCAACUUCAGAUGAUAUACCAACACAGCCUUCAACACAACCUUUCAAUGACUUGUGCGACGAUCCUCUGAAGAACUCUCGGUCUCCAGCGAAAGCUUCCUCUGCUAGUGCCCCUAAAAAUCUUACCGAGCCUCCCUACAAAAGACCUCCUCCACCCACCACUCAAAAAUUGGCAACGGACCUCUCCAAGCUAUACCCCGGUGAUGGUGUUGAGAUAAGCCCAGAGGAAUACAAAGCAUCGCGUCUCUAUGGCUCUCGCCAUUGGGGUACCGAACCCUGGGAAGUAGAGGCAUCCACCAGUGGCAAUUGGCACUAUUAUAAUCUCGAUGGGUCGCCUGUACUUUACGAUCCGGUAUCAGGAGAGCCCCUUUUUGACUAUCUCAAACCUAGCUCGACGACAUCAAGCGAAAUGCAACUCAGUGACGACGAGCAGCUGGCGCAUGAUUUACUAGACUCAAAAUCUGAUUCCUCAGAGAUUCCGCCUAUGGAUGGAGACCAAUCCAUGGCAGACAGCGAGCCGAUGGAAAACUUGAACCUGGCGAAUAUAACCACCUCUACAGAUGACGAUCUUGAGGAGGAUAUUUCAGGACAGGAAGCUAUUGCUGAUGCAGAAGUCUCAAUUAACUUAGACUCGCCUGUCCGAAAUAGUUCAGUGGGUUAUAUCAAACCGCGUGAUAGACGUGCCUCCGUUACUAUGAACACUCAGGAAGCUAUAAAUGAGGUCUACAACAUGUACGGUAAACCAGCCAAAGAAAGUGACGAAUCCGAUGAUAAUUUCGAUAACAGUGAACUUGGCGAUGAUGACCGUUUAUAUGACGAAAAUACUGCAUACACGGUUGCUGGACUUCGGGACGCCACUGCGGAUGUCACCUUUUGGUCUCAGCCUCAACUGAACUCUAUGCAUGACGAAAAUCAGCUAGACCAACAGAAUUCAAAUAUACAUGACGAGAAUCAACUACAGCAUUAUAACCCAACCCCAUUCCAAGAUGAAAACGCAUUGGCUUGUCGUCAGCCCUUCAAUGGCUUGUCCGAAUCCUCUUCCGCUGGGCAAUCACGUGGAUUGAGUGCGUUUAAACCCAUCCGAAAACCGCUUGCACCUGUGAUUCCUUUUACGGAUGAAAACGAAAUUUCGAUGACUCCGUUUUCUGGUACCAAACCUUCCUACUCCGCACCUGGAGCACGUAUACCCCUUGCUGUCAAAGCCACCUAUCCUCAGCAGCCCCCAACAACUCACCAAACUCUUGAUGAACCUGAAUCAGACCUUCGAGUAUCGCAAACAAAUCGAUUUGAAUGGCAGCCCGAAAAUCCAUCCAAUGAAUAUAACACUCCAGAUAUUCAGAAGGACAUGCCGCUCUUUCCUUCACAAGAGGAGUACCAAUCUGAUAUGGAUAGAGAAGACGAAGCCGAGUACGAAGACGAGAAUUACGAACUCCGAGAUGAUGUCGAUAGAGAGGACCGGUUGAUGGCUCGACCACUUCGCUUUGUUCCUACCGGUGAUAACUUCAAUGCUCUCACACCAAUAACUGAAAGGACCAGCGAAUACAACUCGAUGACAGCACCUAGGUACAUCAAUAGAAUUCAAGACGCGCAAUUUGCACUCCAUCAGCAAAGGACUGGAAAGUUUCCUGGAGUGGUUUUCGAUGACGAGGAAGAUGAAGCCGAAUUGACACCAAAAGCCAAUCAUCUCGGUGAUGAAAACUCCGCUGAAGAAUCAUCUUCACACAACGAGAACAUUCGUAAUCAUCGAGUUUCUGGACACCUGUUUGCAAAGGUUUGUGACGUCAGGGAUUCGCCGCAUCGAGCACACCACUCACUGGAAACGCCCUCCAAGAUCGUCGCCCAUUUGCAACACUCCAGCAUUCCUCGUGCACCGAAUUCGCUCCCACGCUCAUCGGCAAACGGUCACGACGAUGAUUCAGUCAUGGCGUCGCCAUCCCGGACCUACUCGAAGCAAUAUGAUAUCCCUCCCUCCCCGACUACAAUUCAAGCUUGCGAACCUUGCAAUCCAUUUGCUCCCGACAUUGUCAAUAUUCUCCUUGAAGAGCUUGACCCUCCGCUAGAGAGCUAUCCUGGGUACCAAUCAUUAGUCGAUCAACGCUCUGAAAAACUGCAGCAAUUACGGAAACGAUGUAAAACCCGGAAUCGGAAACACUCCCACAGUAGUGUGACCGCAGAAGAAGCUUUGUGGGAAGUGGAUCUGGGUGGCGAUCUGUAUAUCAUUUACGAGAAGCUUGGCGAGGGCACUUAUGGCUCAGUCUUCAGAGUCAGUGAGGCAGUCGAUGAAGACUGUACUGCGAUAUAUGAAGACAAUUCAAUCCAGAAAGCCAUGAAAGUCGAAAGUCCUCCAAAUCUGUACGAGUUUUCGAUCCUGUCACAACUCCAUCAGACGCUAUCCGAAAGGCUAUGUGAAUCGAUUAUCAAGCCACACAAAUUGUACGCAUAUGCAGACGAAAGUUUCCUUGUGAUGGAUUACUCAGAUCAAGGCACUCUACUAGACAUCGUGAAUCGAGCGGCUGAGAUCGGGAUCAAGCCGACUGCACCGGGAAUCGUUAGAGGAGUGGACGAGCUCGUUGCCAUGUUCUUCACGAUCGAAUUGAUGAGAGUAGUCGAAGGAUUGCAUGAGGCUGGAUAUAUUCAUGGAGAUUUGAAGGUCGACAAUUGUAUGGUCCGGUUACAAAGCUUACCUGGAGGAAGCAAAUCUUGGUUAUCGACCUAUAAUCCACAAGGGCAUGAUGGAUGGAGCUACAAGGGAUUAAAAUUGAUCGAUUAUGGACGAGCGAUCGAUACGGGAGUCUUCCCAGCUUCGCAAGAAUUUAUAGCGGAAUGGGAGACGGACGAAUACGAUUGUAUGGAGAUGAGGAGCGGCAAACCGUGGUCGUUCCAGCCGGAUUAUCACGGGAUUCUUGGGAUCGCCCAUUGCUUGUUGUUCGGAUCAUUUAUGACUGAAAAGGAUUCGCUCAAACCGGCGUUCAAAAGGUAUCAUCAGACCGAGCUUUGGUCGAAUCUCUUCGACGUUUGUCUGGCCCCCAAACAAAUCCCGAAUACUCUCGAUCUCAGAUCCGUAAGACUCUCUAUGGAAGAUUGGUUACAGAAUAAUUGUGAAAAGGGCGGCAAAAGUUUGAAGGGACUCUUGAAAAAAAUCGAACUUGCUUCCCUUGCUUAUCAUUAG